CAAAAGCGUAACUGGUAAAAGAGAACGCCGAAGAAAAGCGCAAGGGUUACUUCUUCCGCCUAUUCGCCUAAUCGCCUAAGAAGUAAGAACUGAAGAAGGCGAGAAGCCGAUAACGGAGAACGCCAACUCGCGAAGCCACCAGUCACGCCCAGUUGUUCUGCUGUCCACGCCGUGCUUCCGCCGUCCACUGUCCACGCCGUGCUUCUUUAUGGCUCUGCCUCCAGGCUCCAGCUAUGGCGCAGGAGAAGGUGGGCUUGAGGUUUCAAUUGCAACAUUAUAAGCUCAAUGUUCUAAAUCAUCCAAAGUUGGCGAAUUUGUCUACAAUGGCUGAACUUUGUCAAGGAUUAGCGGAGAUGGAGAUGUCAAAAGUGUACUUUCUUAUUGAUAGAUUGGUCCGACUUUUGUUGACUCUACCGGUAUCGACAACAACAACAGAAAGAGCUUUUUCAGCAAUGAAAAUUAUAAAAACAAGGCUUCACAAUAAAAUGGAGGAUGAGUAUCUUGCAGACAACCUUGUUGUUUAUAUUGAAAGAGAAAUUGCUAAAACUUUUGACUCAAAAGCCGUGAUUGAGGAAUUUAUCUCGUUGAAGGAGCGUCGGGCACAAUUUUAAGGAAUUUUAAGCACUCCUACGCAAGAGUGAGCUAUUCUCGUUGCUCAAAAGGAGAGGGGGAUAUGACAGCAAGGGGGCUAUGACGGCAAGGGGGCUACCGAUCGAUUACUGCCGAAUCGGUGCCGAAUCAUCAUCCUUGCGAUAGAAAGUGUACGGGAACAAUCCGUCGCUGCAAUUUCAGGGACUCGUGAUGGGGAUUUCACCGCUACAGUGACCCUACAUGGACGAAGCUUUCUCGUCGUGUCCAACCUUCAGCCGUCUAGAACCAGCCAGGGGAUUUCCAAGUGCGGUGCAGAGCUUCCGGCAACCAGGCGCGACGGCUGCAGAGACGCGAACGGAACAAGCCCUGGGUCCAGAUUAACUUCUACAGCCGGGAAGGCAGUUCAGUGAAGUGAUCGGCCUACUGUAGAGCAUUGAUAUUGUAUAGUUCUACAUUAAUACUUUUUUUGAAGCCACUAUAGGGCGAUGCUGCAAGCUUUGCUUCUCUUUAUUCUGCAGAAUUGUCUAAGGAGAAGAUAUUAGAUAUUGAAUACAUUAAGGCGGUGGUCCCAAGAAGAGAAGAAGAACCUUCCUUACAUGAUGAUUGGGUCUGUGCUGUUGAUGGUUCAAACCCCAAGAAAGAAAAUUGAGUUUAUAAAUGCGGGUGGCAGGGUAUGUCUGUGUACUCAUCAAAAUAUACAUUGGCAUUCAUCUUUGGCUGGUGAGAAGUUGAUGUGAAUGGAGAAAAGGGAGCACGUGUUGUUGAUUAUUACUUCCAUAAGAAUGCCGUUGUCGGGGCUUGGCACUUCAAGAUUUUUUAUGUCCUAUAAUUGUAACUUGUGUUUUGGUUUUUGAGUUGUACUUAAUUACAUUUAUGAUUUCCGGGGUAUGCCCCUAUGAAUCAUGUACAUUCAUAUGAAGUCUUGAGAUAUAAAUAAAAUGUUUGAGAUUUUGGUUAAUAUUAAUGUUUUGGUU